UUGGCUUUUCGGUUUAGUCUUCAAUUCGCUGGCGACGUGAUCGGUCGAUCGAACACUCGUUGUUGUCGUUGUCGUCGUCGUCGUCAUAGAUUUGUGCUUUUACAACUCUGCUUAACGCAUCUUGCACAACAGCGCGCGCGCGCAAAUGCUUAAAGCUCUCUCUCGUGACUCUCUCUCUCUCUUCAUCUCUCCGUGUGUGUCUGCUGCGUACUUGUGGCGCAGGCAAGUCAAGAAAACCUGUGCAUGCCAAGUGUAGACAAAUUGUAGAUAAAAAUAAAGUAAAAUGAAAACGUAAAAAGAUAUGAAAGUGUGAAAUCCAUCUGUAAAAGCUAUAGAAAACCAAAAGAGCAACACUCGAUGCAUUUUAAGUUGUUAUCAAAAAACAUUGACUAAGUUAAUAUUUCGGCCUUGAAAUGUUUCCAAAUCAAAACAAUUUGGGCGCUGCGGGUGCAGCAGGCGAUGCCCAGCAGCAGAGCCUCAACUACAAUGGCCUGCAGCAACAGCAGCAGCAGCAGCAACAACAACAGCAGCAACAGCAACAAACUCAACAAUUGUCACAGUCCACGAAGAACGUGAGAAAGAAACCGUAUGUGAAGAUAACGGAACAGCCCGCCGGCAAAGCGCUGCGUUUUCGCUAUGAGUGCGAGGGUCGCUCGGCCGGUUCCAUUCCCGGCGUGAAUUCAACGCCCGAGAACAAGACCUAUCCGACCAUAGAGAUUGUCGGCUACAAGGGACGCGCCGUCGUCGUUGUGUCCUGCGUCACCAAGGAUACACCAUAUCGUCCACAUCCACACAAUCUGGUAGGAAAGGAGGGCUGUAAGAAGGGCGUCUGCACCCUGGAGAUCAGCAGCGAGACAAUGCGAGCCGUGUUCAGCAAUUUGGGCAUUCAGUGUGUCAAGAAGAAGGACAUUGAGGCGGCUCUAAAGGCGCGCGAAGAGAUUCGCGUGGAUCCAUUCAAGACUGGAUUCUCGCAUCGUUUUCAGCCGUCGAGCAUCGAUCUGAACUCGGUGCGCUUGUGCUUUCAAGUAUUCAUGGAGAGCGAGCAGAAGGGUCGCUUCACAUCGCCUCUGCCGCCCGUCGUCUCCGAGCCGAUCUUCGACAAGAAGGCCAUGUCCGACCUGGUUAUAUGCCGGCUGUGCAGCUGCUCGGCCAGCGUGCUGGGCAACACGCAAAUCAUUUUGCUGUGCGAGAAGGUGGCCAAAGAGGACAUCACGGUGCGCUUCUUCGAGGAGAAGAACGGGCAGACGGUGUGGGAGGCCCUGGGUGAUUUCCAGCACACGGACGUGCACAAGCAGACUGCCAUUACGUUUAAGACGCCGCGAUAUCAUACGCUUGAAAUAACGGAGCCCGCCAAGGUUUUCAUACAGCUGCGUCGACCUUCGGAUGGCGUUACCAGCGAGGCUCUGCCCUUUGAAUACGUGCCAUUGGAUUCAGGUAGGCAUACGUUCUGGAAUCUUCAUCGGCAUCUCAAGCGGAAGCCCGAUGAAGACAUCUUUCAGCAAAUCCUCGCGAUCGACGCGGUCGACCGUUGCUCGGCCAAGCGCGAAACCCCUGCGAUUGAGGUAGUUGAUCUCAACACGCCCACCGUGGAGCAGGCCCAGCCUCAGCUGCCGCACCAGCUGACGGCCACUGAUAAAUGUAACGAGUGGAUGAAGUCCAAUGAGCUACUGCAACAGCCCCACGAGCCAAGUCCAGAUCCAGCGGAAGCCGAGGUCGAGGCCGAUGACAGCGAUGCCACCGCCGAGACUCAGGUGGCCGCCACGGACGAGGACAAGACGCUCAACGAGCUGCUCGAGCAGGUGGCCGAGCUGGACGAGAUCUACACGGACUUUGUCAUGCAGCGGGACACGUACAACAACACGCUGCAGAACGAGAUGGAGAGCAUGGGCAGGCCGCCCAUGCAGGUGGAGGACAGCUUCGAUGAUGCGGCCACCUAUACGAGUCUGCAGAUCGCCUUCAAGAAUCCAGUCAGUAUACCCAUGGACGACAUCAUGCCUCCGACGCCUCCCAUGUCCCAGUGUGCGCCAGAGGAUGCGCAGCACUACGAUGCUGUUGAGGUGAACUCCCAGCAGCAGCAGCAGCAUCAGAAGCAGCAACAGCAGCAGCAACAGCAAGAUAUGCUCAAAGAGUAUGAAAUGGAGAAACGGGCACAAGAGCAGCUCGAGCGGGAAGCGGCUCUGAUGCUGGCGUCUGUUGAGGAGGAGAAGCUGCCGCCGCUGCCGCCCAAGCGCUUGCGCAAGCAGGACAGCAAUGCUGAGAAUCGCUCGAUCGAGGCGAACAGCGAGCCAGCUUCAAAGGAAAAGCCACGCCUGCCACCGCCCAUCAUUCAUCCACGCGUCACCGAUUUGCCAGCGGCGCCCACGAAGAAGCUGCCGCAGCCACCGGAGACGAAGCCCAAGCCCAAGCCGAAGCCCGCAAAGAAUCCGAAUUUCAAUACGCUGCCCAGGCAGAAGAAGCCCGGCUUCUUCGCCAAGCUGUUUGCGCGGCGCAAGAGCAAGCCGGACCUGACAGACCAGAACACUGAGAACUGCUCCAGACUCGACUCGAAGCCCCCCAGCGCCACGGCCAGCAGCGAGCCCAGCUUGGACAAUCUCAAUACGCGAACGGCCAAAAGCAAGGGAAGCAAUGUGGUGCUGGGUCCUCUCAAGUUAGGGGGCCCAGGCACGACGGCCACGCCCCGAAAGUCCGGCAAGUCAGGCAAGCCCUGCGGCCGCAGCGUAAGCAGCGUCUCAGGCAAGCGACCCGCCUACCUGAAUGCGGACGUGGUGCAUAUUCCACUCAAGGGCGACAGCUCCAGCAGCCUGCAGCCAGCAGCCAACGAGGCCUACUCGAGCGCCAGCACAAUCACAGUGGGCGGCCAGUUGGACAGACGCACUGCGUCCGCGCUGCAGCUGGCCGAGAUUCCCAUCAGCGAGGGCGGCAUGGAGCUGGUGGCCAUUGCCGACCGCCAGAGCUUGCACAAUCUGGUCAGCUCCAUCGAGGCGCACUUCAACGUCAAAAUGGACCCCAACCUCGACCUGACGGAGGUCGAGCACUUUGCCCUCUACACGAGCGUGCCGCCUCAGGCGACGGUCAGUGAAUUCGACGAGACCUCCGCCUACUAUGCAUCCGUGGAUGCUGGCGAGAUUCUGACGCCCGACCAGGUGGCCAAGCGGCUGGCGGCAGCAAACGGCAAUUGAAUAUUGUUAACUCAUUUACGAACAACAUCAGCUUGUCUGGUUGCCUAGGACUAGGACUAGGGAGACCAAGUCGAGUCCCUAGCAUCGAAUCGAAUCGAAUCUCGUCGACCAGCUCAAUUUGUGUGAUUGGAUAGGCAAAGGCUCUCCUUGUCGUCCCAAUCGUCGAUUGGAUAUUGUAACAUGUAUUUUUUUUAGCCCUACGAACAAACUUCGCAACGACUAAAUCAGUUUGUAUUGAGGGAUUCCACAGCGAAUUCCAAACCCAAAGAAUCAUCGACUAAAACAAUUUGUAUGGUUAGCUAAGAAAAGGACCCGAAGUCCUUAAGGCAUUUUACACUUGGCAACGGGCGCUACACGAACCCCAAAACACGAUUUGGUGGCGCUCAAAAUUUGUAAUUGUAUUUGUUUUAGAAUUGUUGACACGCAAUGUGUGCAUACCCUGUCUUACCUGUUGUAUGAUCGGGUAUGCCGACUUUGUAAGCGUUUGUCAGCGAACACUUGAUUUGUGCAGCAGCUCGAACUUUUCGCUGCUCAACUUUGUCUUGAAGGGGCGCUGACUCGCAUCGCUCCCCAAAUUUGUAUUUAGUAGCUCUAAGGGUUCUUUGAACCGAGUCAAGACUUGUCCAAACUUGUUGGCAAUUAAACGAAUUGCUAUACUCUCUUUUUUAUAGAUCCAGCACACUUGAGGCGGAAACGUCAAAAGACUGGCGGCGAUCCCA